CCAAGCACACCCAGCGCCCUCCACCUGCUCCCAGAUCCCGGCCAUCUCUCCACUCCGGCGACCACCGCACGAGCGCGCUCACCCUCCACCGCCACCCGAAGAUGGCCAUUGCCGGCAGUGGGAGGGGCAAGGCGAAGCCCGCGGCCAGCGCCAAGUCCGUGUCCCGGUCGUCCAAGGCCGGCCUGCAGUUCCCCGUCGGCCGCGUCGCCCGGUACCUCAAGGUCGGCAAGUACGCGCAGCGCGUCGGCGCCGGCGCCCCCGUCUACCUCGCCGCCGUCCUCGAGUACCUCGCCGCAGAGACCCUGGAGCUCGCCGGGAACGCGGCGCGGGACAACAAGAAGAACCGGAUCGUGCCGCGCCACAUCCAGCUGGCGGUGCGCAACGACGAGGAGCUGAGCCGGCUGCUGGGCUCGGUCACCAUCGCCGCCGGCGGGGUGCUGCCCAGCAUCCACACCACGCUGCUCCCCAAGAAGGCCGGCAAGGGCAAGGGCGACAUCGGCUCUGCUUCUCAGGAGUUCUAGAUUAGAUUAUUAUGGUCCUUAUGAAUGUUUGGAAUGCAUCUCGCAAUCUUGUUCUUGAUGUUACUGCUUGUGACGCCCUUGUCAAUACUAAUAUGAAUGAAACGGAUAUGUUGCUAUUGUUUGCCUGAA